AUGACUGAUAUUGAUGGUUCGCACGUGGACGCGGCAACGCUCCAAGCCAUUGCCAUGGCUCUAGGGAUGGAUCCAAACGCAAAGCUCGCACAGCAGAAGCCUGACAAGAACUUCCUGCAGGAGAUUGCGAGAUUGCCCGUCAACUUUGCCGGCAUGCCCUCGGGCACAGACGUCGACGGAAUGCGCGAAUGGGUCAAUAAUGUCAUGGUAAAAGGGCCCCUGGCCGAGUACAGAGCCAAGCUUGACAUCAAACUGCGCCGACCCCCUCAAGAAGUGGGAAAGAACAUCAUCACCGUCAACGCUACGGACGGUGACGGCGAGUAUGGGAUCUGGGUGUACGAACCCACAGCCGCAGGAGCUCGACGUCCAGCUAUAUUGAUGCUUCACGGCGGAGGUUGGAUCCAUGGCAACCCUGCCGGCGACGAAGCACUUGCCCAGGUGUUCGCGUCUGAGCUGGACGCUGUCGUCUUCGGCAUCGACUAUAGGCUCGCACCAGAGCACCCAUUUCCAAAGCCACUCGACGAUUGCACUGAUGCUUUGCAAUGGGUAAUUGACAAUGCACCGACUUACAACAUCGACAUCAACCGGAUUGGCGUUUGGGGUGCUUCUGCCGGAGGGAACCUCGCUGCCGCCCUCGCCUUGCGCUGCGCAAAGGAGGCACCCACCUCACAGAAGCCGGCGUUGGCCCUGGUCAGCCUGGUUGUCCCCGUCACGGCGCACCCGGAAGCUGAAGCCAAGUUCAACCAGCAGAGGUCUCUCCCGGCCAGCGAGAGUGAGCAGCAGCUUGCGGACGCGACCCCAGUCCCAGAAGCACUCGUUCAAGAGUUCGAGAAGCUAUAUAACUUCUUCACCGGCGGUGUUUGCGACCCGCUUGACCCUUCGGUGUCUCCCCUGGCUACCGGACCUGUCCCACACCACCCUCGAACCUCUAUCACCGUGGCGGCCUGUGACGGUCUGAGGGCUCAGGGCCAGGCCUAUGCAACUCUGCUGCGAUCAUUUGGUGUAGAGGUGAGCGAGCAGGUCCUGCCGGGCGUUCCGCACGGGUUUACCAUGCCGGUCAAUGCCACCGUGACAAAGCUCUGGCAUGAAAAACAAGUGGAAGAGUUUGCCCAAGCAUUUGGGCUCUAG